GGAAGCUAGGUGGAACGAGGGGCGAGUGAAGAUAGGUGAUAGGUGAUGGAAACUCCGUAGAGACAGUGGCUGGUAACCAGCUAGUACCAACGAACGGUAGGUUCAGCGCAACGUCUAACACGAGUACCCGCUACUACAGGGGCGUUUCAACCCUUCCAAGGCUGUCUCUCUAACAACGUCACUGCUCUUCUGUACCUCCCACCACUUUUCUACCUCUGGCGUACCUCUCCGCCUCCAAUUUCGCAACUUCUGCAAAAUCUCGGGCAAGAAGUCGAGCGGAGGUCCUCAGUCAGUCGACGUUCGGCAGUCAAUCGUGGCUAAAAACCAUCGGUUCUAGUGGUUCCGUUGAAGCGAAUCUUUCGGCCACACCGAUUGCGUAACUGUCAUUUCUGAACAUCCGGGAUAUUAUCGCAUACUCCGGUUCCCUCAACUACGGAUUUGAAAUGUGUUGAAGACAUGGAGAGCGGUCCAGCUCGGGCUACUCUGAACGGCGUCUGCAGGAUGAGUGCUUCUCUGCCGCUGGUUCUCUUACUUGUCCUCAUCUAUGCAGCCCAAGCUCAAAGGAGUUUGGAGUUCUUUGACCUCUUGCCAGAAGAUCCAAAGUUAUAUGACAAGAUGCGGCCACCAAAGAAAGACGGACAAGCAACUGUCGUCUAUUUUCACGUAACAGUAAUGGGUCUAGAUUCUAUAGACGAAAAUUCUAUGACAUAUGCGGCAGAUAUAUUUUUUGCCCAGACAUGGAAAGACAACAGACUGCGACUUCCGGAAAAUAUGACUUCGGAAUAUAGGUUAUUAGAAGUUGAUUGGCUGAAAAACAUGUGGAGACCGGAUUCGUUUUUCAAGAAUGCCAAAUCCGUCACCUUCCAAACGAUGACAAUCCCCAAUCACUAUUUAUGGCUUUACAAAGACAAGACUAUUUUAUACAUGGUGAAGUAUGUGCCGAUCAAUUAUUCGACUAUCGUUGUACGUUCCCGCUAUCUGUCUUGGACCGACCCUCUGUAUUCUCUUAUCUGUAAAAACCCCGAAAUAGUGACAUCACAGCAAACACCAAACAUCAUCAUCAUUCGUUUUAGGUUGACGCUCAAACUUUCCUGCGCCAUGAACUUCUUGAUCUAUCCGCACGACACACAGGAAUGCAAAUUGCAAAUGGAAAGUUUGUCGCAUACCACGGAUGAAAUGAUCUUUCAAUGGGACCCUGACGUACCGCUGGUCGUUGAUGAAAACAUAGAACUGCCACAACUUCAGCUUGUGAAAAACUACACAGCUGAUUGCACGCAAGUCUAUUCCACCGGAAACUUUACAUGCCUGGAAGUUGUCUUCGUGCUAAAACGGAGGCUGGGCUACUAUCUCUUCCACACGUACGUUCCUACUUGCCUCAUCGUAAUCAUGUCGUGGGUUUCGUUCUGGAUAAAACCGGAAGCCGCACCGGCGAGAGUCACUCUUGGAGUGACGUCGCUCUUGACGCUUUCGACGCAGCAUGCAAAGAGUCAGGCCUCUUUGCCUCCGGUAUCAUACCUCAAAGCAGUUGACGCCUUCAUGUCUGUCUGCACAAUAUUCGUCUUCAUGGCCUUGAUGGAAUACUGUCUGGUCAACAUCGUACUCGGAGACAAUGACGCUCCACCAGCCAAACCUCCACCACCUCCUCCUCCACCAAGCUCGGCCAGUGGCCCGGACGCCACGAAACUCGACAAGAUCUUCGACAUAGCAACCAAGAAGUCAGCCGCAGCGCCACCCCCCGGACCGACGCCGGCGCAAAAGGCACGGAUGCGGGCCCUCAACGUCGACAGAGUAUCCAGAGUGUUUUUUCCGUUCCUGUUCGCCGUGCUGAACGUCACCUACUGGAUCAUGUUCGCCAAGUACAUCUAACUGGAAGGCGCGCUUGUCACGACGCAAAAACAGCGAUCGCUGUUGCGUAGUCGAAUCCGGAACACAAUAUGUUUGCUUAAUGUCUCGAUGGGUGUAAAAAACCCUGCUGUGCGCCAGGAAGAAAUCACAAUAUUACAACUGCUUAAGAUGCCUGAUUUUUGCAAUCGCCAAUAGACAUGAGCAGUAAUAAUUCAUACGUGUCACAAGACUAUGUCGCACUGCAGCAACGGCUGAUGAGAUAUAGAUCUUUUUCCAGAAUCGCGUAUUUUGACAUGGUUGCGUGUUUUUUUUUUUUUUUUAGAUCACUUCCUUUUCAGACACAAAAUUGAAUUCAGCUCUUGCUUUUCAACUGUAAGUAUAUAUAUUAUAAUGUCGUGCAAUUUGCUGACGACGAGUCGAAUUGGCAUUGAGCAUAUUAGUGAUUUAAAAUUGCUAAUAAUCAUUUUGAAAAAUCUUCGUAUUGAACUAUAAUGCGUAUUUAGAUCUCGGAAUUAAAUAAUAUUUGGUAUAAAUAUACUUUUAGCCCUAGAUUAGCUUCAAGUAUUCGAGUCCAAAGUGUCACGUUGUAUAGAUUAUUUGACAUAGAAUUAAGUGUGAUGUGAGAUAAAAGGUCGAACGACCCUAUCGAAGGGACAAUUAUGUUUGCGUCUUUUCCUUUCUGCCGCCUUUCUAUUCUGUAAUUUCUAUCUAUCUUCUCUUUGUUUUUAUAUAAUAGCGUCAAAUUCACUGUACCGUCAAAUUUGAAACACAGUACAAAUAUUUCUUCCUUUCCAUUCUCAUAAAUGCAGAUCAGAUUAUUUCUACGUAAAUGUUCAAGUUUAGAGAAGAAAGAUGAGGCAGAGAAAAAACUUAUUUGCAAAUGUAGAUAAUAGUGGUGCGUGUAUGUGAAUUAUGUAUAAUAUUAAUGUUAAAUGAUUGAUGACACUAAGUGAUUAUACAUAUAACGUAAUAUUAUAAUACAAAUACUAAACAGAUUGAAUAUACAACGAUUUACCAAGGUUUAAUACGUAUGAAAAUGACCGUGUUACGAGUAUACAAGUUUAUAAUUUAAUCGCGCUUUAAAUAUUCGAUUCCAUUAUAUCGUAUUGAAUUAAAUUAUACCUAUCUUCCGAGUGUGUGAAUUUUCAAGCGCAUAUACAUAAAGCCUAAGUAGACGUAUAAUGCUUAAUUAUUGCGAUUCGACGGAGUCCGCAAUAUCGUCGUAUCGUCAUCUGUAACUAUAUUAACACUCGCGCAUAAGCCAUUUCUAAAAAUGUAAUCUAUGAUUAUGUGUAUAUGUGUAAUGUACUCGUAUAUCUUAAUCAACGUACGUUGUAUCUUAAUAUACCUUUUGUAGUGUGCCAAUUGAACGCAGCUUAAUCGUUCGGAGCAAAAUCCGAAUUACUAUAAACUUACGUGCAUAAAACCUUAUAAUGCACCUGAAGAAAAUAAUCUUGACCGCAGACUCUGUAAUAAAUUAUUCAUUGCUCGAAGCUGAUAUAGUGAUAAAAUGAAGAAUUUUUUUUUUUUUUUUAUUUUUAUUUUUAUUUUGUAUAAUAAUUAAGUACACAGCUCUUGUAAUAAUUAUAAACGAAAACACGUACUAGUGUGUGUUUAAUAUCUUGUACGGGCAUAAUUCUCGCUAAACGAUUUCAUGAUCAAUAUUCAUGUACACUUGUGAAAAUAUAUGUAUAAAUACGA